CCCCGUCGCACACUUAACGACGCGUAUGACGUCAGAGUAUGAGGACACGGGACAGGAAGAUAGGAAGGAAGAGGCGCAGAGGAAUAAAAAAGAAACAAGAUGGCAUCGGGCUCAGAUCACGGGCUGAAAAGAAUAGUUUGGAAAAAAAUAAAAGACACAAUUAUUACAGACUGCAGGAAUUCUGAAGUAUGGAAGAUAUUGAUUCUGGACCCCUUCACCACCAAGCUGCUCUCAUCAUGCUGCAAAAUGUCCGAUCUGAUGUCAGAGAAAAUAACAAUUGUGGAAGACCUGUUCAAGAGCAGAGAGCCUGUUCCAGAAAUGAAGGCCAUCUACUUCAUUUCACCAACCGCUAAGUGUGUUGAGGCCUUCAUUGCUGACUUCAAGACCAAACCUAAAUAUAAAGCCGCAUAUGUUUAUUUCACCGAUUAUUGUCCCGAUGAGCUGUUCAACAACAUGAAGCUGUACUGUGCAAAGUACAUACGAGUGUGUAAGGAGAUAAACAUGUCCUUCAUGCCACAGGAGGCCCAAGUGUUCACAUGUGAUAAUCCAGGGGCUUUCCAAAGCAUCUACAGUCCCAACAGCCAGGACAAAAUGAACACACUGGAGACCAUGGCAGACCAGCUCGUCUCGCUGUGUGCCACGCUGGACGAAUACCCAGGAGUCCGAUACAAGAAAGACGCCAACAUGGAAAACGCCAAGACCCUAGCAGAGCUGGUGGACGACAAACUGGCCAAACACUACGAGCUGGAUGACAGCGGCAAGAAAAAGGUGAUACCCCUUCUGAUAAAAGAGUGAAACACAAUCCUAUUC